CACUCACUCUCACAAACACAUGCCCGCUCCUUCCUCCCUCCUUGCUUCUGGGAGAGUGUGGACUCAUCAAGUUUCUAGAGAAAGGCCAAGUCCCUCCAGGCCACUGCUUUGUCAAUUUUGACUUGACAUUAAGCUUGGGCAUGGGGGCGCUAGAUGAAGAAAUCUGGAAACACAAAAUCCCACCUUUAGAAUGUAGUUUCAUUUUCUGUUUAAGUACAGUAUUGUGAAUCUUCAAAUCAUCAGGUAUGCCCAUAUCACAAUAUGGGCAAAAUGUAAAUGAUCUUGGAAAAUCCUCCCUGAUUUGCCCUGGUCCAUCUCUCCAUUCACCAUAGUGGUGAAUAUUGAUUUGGAACCAUGGGCUAGUGGACAGACCCAUCUAAAAGGUUUGGGGCUUGGGGGCUACGUCUAGAUCCGAGAAGAGAACCAGUGACCAGGGUCUGACCUUUAUCCUAGGUCAUGGCAUGACGUUCUCUGCUGUGCUAGCAGAAUGGCAAGGUUCCAUCAUUGUCAUUACCACCCAUCCUCGAGAUUUUUACCUACCAGAUUAGGACAAGCGAUUCGAUAGAGCUUGGGUAGCAAAGCUGGAAAAGCUAAGAGAAGCAAUAGUAGUAAGAACUCAAUCACAUUAACUCUAAUUUUCAUUAUUUUGUUUUGUUCUGGUUUUCUUUUUCUAGCUCCUUCCUCACAUCGUCGAGCCAUGGCAUAUAGAGAUAGAAGCAAAAGUAGGGAACGAUUCUUUCAGGGCAGCCAAGAAUUUCUUCCAUCUGCUUCAGAUGCUGCUCAGAGGUCCUCCACACCCAGUCCAGAUCAAAUGGGCCGCAGGGCUCCCCAGGAUGACGUGCCUGUAGAUGAUCUCACCCACAAGUUCAUGUAUCUGGGGAGCCAGGAUCACUCUCAGCCUUCCUCAGUCUCGUCUAAGCCUGCCAGUCUUGGAGGAACAGGUCAAGUGGGAGCAAGCCAGAAGUUAUUGGUGAAUGGCAGUUCGGAGGGCCUCUUUUAUGGGAAUCAAGGCAACACAUCUGUUCCUUCUGAUUCAACACCAGCCUCCUACUGGAAGAGCUCCACAUCUUGGCAGAAUGACCAAGGCACUGGGAGAGAGAGUGUGUUUUCUUCAAUUCGUUCAGCUGCCCACCCCCCUCUUGGUUCAGCACAAACGCCUGAAGCUGCAGCCACCAGAAAGAAUACAGGUGUGCUUUCCUCGGACCGCAGGAGCUUCGAGGGCAAAAGUAGGACUCAAGACAUCCAGCAUGUCCCUCUUUUUAAUAAUAACGCUGAUGGAGUGGCCACAGAUAUAACUUCCACAAGAUUUUUAAGUUACAGAACCAUAGCCGACGGUCAGAGAGAAGUAUCAUUAUCUAGGAAUCAGGACACUGGAACUACUCUCCGGGAUGUCCAGACCACUGGCAAAGUUACAGAUGGUGAUGACCAAGGAGUGGUAUUUGUAAAUGGCAAAUACACAGGGAAGAUGUUUUGGUCUAGUAAAUCUGUCCACAAUGCACGAAAUGGCUCUCGUCAAGUUAUAGAUGAAACUACUGAUAUCGAUAAAACUGGUGCCACUGGUUUUGGCUUAAUAACGGCAGUCACUGGGGAAAAAGCUCUGUCACGCUCUGGAAAUCAGAGUCUGGAGAGCCAGUUCCCGACCACACGUGGGGAAGCCACCGGCCCUGCACAAGCCAGUGGUGUGCUUCCGUCACCUUCUCCAUCUUCGUCAGGCAACAGAAGUGCAGCCUGUGGGACCCUUGGUCAGAACUCUGCCCAAGUCUCUGUUAGCCCUGCCAGUGAGCUCACAAGGAGAACUUCAGGCUCUGCUCAGCAUUCCAUAUCUGCUGUCGCGAGUACCACAUCUUCUAGAAUGGAUGAUUAUGACUCAAAGGAAAUUUGUCUUGACUAUCUGUAUAAGGGCUGUCACCUUAAUAGCAGCUGCAACAAAGUCCACUUCCACCUGCCCUACCAGUGGCAGGUAUUAAUUGAUCAAACCUGGAUAGACUUCUCGUCCAUGGAGAAGAUCGAAGAGGCCUUUUGUAACCCCCACAUUCACAGCAUUUCUGUAAGAAAUCAAAAAAUCAAUUUCCAGGAUAUGACUUGUGAUUCAUAUCCCAUCCGACGUAUCUCCACUCCUUCAUCUGUCACAGUACCGGCCAAUUCUGUCUUUGCCACCAAAUGGAUUUGGUAUUGGAGGAGUGAAUCUGGCAAAUGGAUUCAGUACGGGGAAGAGAAAGACAACCAGCAAAGUUCGAACAUCGACUCUCUAUACUUGGAGGCUUUCUAUCAGUCCUGUCCAAGGGGAGUUGUACCAUUUCAGGCAGGCUCACGGAACUACGAGCUGAGUUUCCCAGGGAUGAUUCAGACAAACAUAAUUUCCAAGACUCAGAAGGAUGUCGUCAGAAGGCCAGCGUUUGUGUCUUUGCAAGACGUGGAGAAGAUAAAAAGAGGGCCAGACCAUCAGCCGGCAAAGACCCUGUCAGAGCGUUUAACUUCGAGGUGUCUUCCUAAGCAGGAUCUUAACUUCCUACCAUCAAAUGGAUAUAAGUUGUUGGAAAUCCAUAACCAGUUUCCGGAAUAUAUCAAAAUAAGUGAGCAUUUUAAAGCUUCCAUGAGAAAUUUCAAGAUUGAAAAGAUAAAGAAGAUCCAGAGCACAGAACUCUUGAAUGCUUUUGAAAGGAGAAAGCUAAAGAUGAAGAGAAAGGAUGAAACACUCCUAUUUUAUGCAACAGGCCGUGCCCAUGUGAAGUCUAUCUGUGCCAACAGUUUUGACUGGAUUUUACAUGAAACUCAUGAGGCCAAAUAUGGAAAAGGAAGUUACUUUGCAAAAGAAGCUAUCUAUUCCCACAAAAAUUGCCCGUAUGAUGCCCAGAACACCGUUAUGAUUGUAGCCCGAGUCCUGGUUGGAGAUUUUAUUGAGGGAAAAAAGACGUACACAAGCCCCCCUCCGCCGUACGACAGCUGUGUGGAUACAGGGUUUAAUCCGUCUGUUUUUGUCAUCUUUCACAGAGAUCAGAUUUACCCAGAAUAUGUGAUUGAAUAUGCUGAAACAGACAAAAGCUGCGUGAUUUGUUAGAACCGAUGAAUGUGGCCUCUUAAAGGGUUCCGUAACCGUUCCGUUCACUUGUUGAACCAAAUU